CAGGUGAUCACUGCGGAUGCCUAAUAACCCUGACUGCGCCGCCACAUCUUCGUCCUCCGCCCCCGUGCUCGUGUUCCUCCCUAUCCAAAGAUGGGUUCCGAUUUCCAUACUAUUCCCAUCAUAGAUAUUAGUGGUUACUUGGAAAAGAUUGAUGAUCCAGUAAUGGUUGAUGACAAAGAACUACAAGAUGUUGUAAGACAAUUGGAUAAGGCGUGUAAAGAGGCAGGGUUCUUCUAUGUGAAAAAUCAUGGUAUUCCAGAUUCACUAGUGAAAGGAGUUAAGGAUGUAACACGCACAUUUUUUAAUCUUCCUUAUGAGGACAAACUAAAGAUUAAGUUGACUGCCCAAAGUGGAUACAGAGGUUAUCAAAGGGUUGGUGAAAAUAUUACAAAGGGAAAGCCUGACAUGCACGAAGCCAUCGAUUCAUUGAAGUGUGACAAAAAUAUGGCUCAGUGCUACAGGGAAAUGAAACCUGAAGAGUAUGGUUCUCUUGGUCAAUCUUUAGAGGGAUCCAAUUUAUGGCCAUGCUAUCCUCCAAAUUUUAAAGUUCUAAUGGAAGAGUAUAUUUAUCUUCUCAGAGACCUUUCACGGAAGAUAAUGCGUGGAAUUGCACUAGCACUUGGUGGACCACCUGAUGCAUUCGAAAGAGAAAAGGCAGGUGAUCCCUUUUGGGUAAUGAGAUUAAUUGGAUAUCCCAUUUCAUCUGAUAUCUCAGAGAUACAACACACUGAUACAGGAUGCGGAGCUCACACAGAUUAUGGCUUGUUGACAUUGGUUAACCAAGAUGUCGAAAUAAAUGCCCUUCAGGUCCAGAACAAAAAUGGUGAAUGGAUCUCCGCACCUCCUAUUCCUGAUACAUUUGUUUGCAAUAUCGGUGACAUGCUUAAGAUUUGGUCCAACGGAUUAUACGAAUCAACUCUUCAUAGAGUGAUCAACAACUCCUCGAAAUAUCGUGUAUCUGUAGCUUUCUUUUACGAGCCAAAUUUUGAUGCUUCUGUUGAGCCCUUUGAGUUUUGCAAGCAAAAAACAGGGGGGAUUGCAAAGUUUGACAAGGUUGUUUAUGGAGAACAUUUAGUUAACAAGGUUCUCAACAAUUUCGUGUAUUAGCUAACACUAUCAAUGUUCUCCUCAAAUACAUAAAUAGAUAAAUGAACACUGAUAUUGUCAUCCUUUGGCUGAUCAUUUUAAGAUCACUAAACUUAUGAAAUCUUCCUUCUUAUUAA